UUUUCUUGAGGUCUCGAGGCGGAAAAUCGCGAGGAUCUUCGUGUGUCCGUUGGAAUCCGUCGCGCGAUCCGAUUCGUCGAGGGUAUCGCGAGCCUGCAGCCAGUCACGAGCGAGCCGUAUUACGAGCCUUGGAACAGAGAGACGGGGUGUGCUACGCGAACGAAAGAGAGAGAGAGAGAAAGAGAGGGAGAGCAAGAGCGGCGUGCUAAGGGAAGAAAGUGACAGUGCGUCGUCAGUUCUCGUGCGGGACUCUGGCGUGUGGAUCAAACGGACCGUUGCGCCCGACAGUUUGUCCCCGUAGAGAGACCGCCAAAGGGGAGGCAAAGCUCUCUGGUGUUGAUAUUAUGAAGAACGGCGAGUGUGUACGGUGACCAGCGAAACCCGAGGGGGGUACCCACGGUGACUUUUCGUGAUUACCAAACAUCGCUGUGUAUAUACACAAUUCGCGGCAGAGGCUCGUGUUUCGAAGGACAGAAUUUACCGGAUCGAGCAUCGGUAAUGCCGUGGAUCGUACGAUCGUACAGUGCGCGCGGUGUGCUCGAUUGACUUGACGAAUUAAUUGACAUACUUUUGGUGACAUUCGGUAUUCUUGGAUUAUACGGUGACUUGUAUAUUUUCCUAGUAAAGGAAGAACAAGGGGAAUAGAGGACAGUUCACCAUAGAUCGUGUGAGACAGUGUGUAUAUCGGUGGUGUGUCGAAGAGAAAUUCCAACAAGUGGUGCGAAUAUACACGUAGUUAAACAAUCGAAAGAGGAGAUUCUUUAUACAUAUGUUCGAGGAAACGAUCACCGGUUUCCAUGUUACACUACAGGAGAGAAACGAUUAGACUCGUUGUCGCGUAGUGUGUGUCGCCGGUUCACCAGUGAACACGGUGGAGCACCGUAAAGCGACACGUCCAACCGAGGACCCGUACGUGGAGAAACGUUCGGACCGUGCGGUACACUCGGCGUGUUUCGUCGAAUUUCUUGACGUCGCGAGGUACCAGGAAAGGGCGGCAAGCUGUACGGCCACAGGGAGGAAGACAUGCUCACGAUGGAGACGGACCUGAAGGGCGGCAGCCUGCACGGUCAGAUGCCACCGCACCCACAUCAGGGUGUCUCUCCUAUGGGUCACCAUACGGGAGUCUCACCCUAUGGUAGCCUCGGCUCGAUAGUGCACAGUCCAGCUCUAUCUGGAAGUCCACCGAGCACAGGUGGCCUGGGUCUCGGUCUCCAGCAUCAUCAUCAAACGUCCCAGCAUCACUACGCGUCGAUGCAGGCCGCCCAACAACAGCAGCAGCAGCAACAGCAACAACAACAACAACAGCAACAACAGCAAAGUAUGCACUCGUUGGCGCAACAAGCUGCCAGCCAACAGCAACAGCAUCAUUCCCAUCAGCAGCAACAGCAACAACAACAGGCCCAGCAGCAGCAUCAUCAACCGCCGAACAACAACAACAACACCAGCAAGAACAACAACAUCGACCGUGUGAAAAGGCCGAUGAACGCGUUCAUGGUUUGGUCGCGUGGUCAACGUCGCAAGAUGGCGCAGGAGAACCCGAAGAUGCACAAUUCCGAGAUCUCGAAACGUUUGGGCGCCGAAUGGAAGUUGCUAAGCGAGACGGAGAAACGGCCGUUCAUCGACGAGGCGAAACGAUUACGUGCGGUACAUAUGAAGGAACAUCCGGAUUACAAGUACAGGCCGCGACGCAAGACAAAAACCUUGUUGAAGAAGGACAAGUUCCCGUUGGGUGGUGGUGUAGCGGGCGUUGGUAGUAUGUUGGGCGUUGAUCAGAGACAAGUCGGGGCUACUGGGGGACCGCAACAGGCGCAAUUGUCGCGGGACGUUUACCAGAUGCCGAACGGUUACAUGCCGAAUGGUUACAUGAUGCACGACCCGACGGCCGCGUAUCAGCAACACGUCGCUUACGGUGGUCACAUGGGUGGCGCGGCUGCGGCUGCCGCUGCCUCAGCCGCUGGUUAUCCAAGGUACGACAUGGGACACCACAUGGGAGGCGGCAGUCCGAGCCCCAUAAACAGCUACAUGAACGGUUACGGUGGUUACGGUAGCACAACCGUUCCUGGUGGAUCACCGUCUCCCUAUCACCAAGCUCAACCAGGCUCUCAGAUGUCCAGUCACAGUCCCAGCGGUAGCAGCAUAAAAUCGGAGCCGACGAGUCCAGCGAGCGGCGGUAUUCACACGCCGACGCCGACCGGUGCAUCGUCGACGGCCACCGCCGGUGGACAGGUCGUGAAACGGGAAUACAUGGGCCAGCAACAGACGCAGCAGUCCCAGGGUGAUCUGAGACAGAUGAUAUCGAUGUAUCUACCGCAGGGUGUCGAUCAGGGGGUCGUGCAACACGGUGCCGGUGUCUACUCGCCUGGACCAUCGCCCGAUCCGCUCGCGCAGCAUCACUCCGCCAUUCCGCCUCUAACUCAUAUGUCGGAGAGUGACCGUAAAAUGUUGAAUCCAGAAACCGGCUGCUACUCGGAAUCCGUACGGGCAUGAGCGGGAGCACCGUGCACCGAUGCACCGCGCGAAGCUGCCCCAGCCCAGAACCAGUUAUGAACAUAUGAUUAAGCUCGUUUUAAUAAGUUUUUAUGUAGAUCUUACGCGUAAGGAUGUAUAAUAAUGAAAUAAAAGAAACCAGUAAGUGUUGAAUAAACGAGAUACGUUGAGACACAGGGUAGGCCGGCAAUUACUUCGUCCUGUUCGCCGAUAUCUUUUUGUCGCUCGUUCGACUC